AUGGAUGAUAUACGCGGGAAGAAAGAAGAUGUCGAAAGCCCAGCCAAUAUACCUCGCCAGGUGGACGAAGGAGAUCUUAAACCGGCAGUGACCGAAGAUGCCGUCUUCGGGGUUAUUGAAGGGGACGGUCCGAAUUAUCGCAAUCUAGGAUGGGUAGGAACGUCAGUCCUUAUGAUGAAAACCCAGAUCGGCUUGGGUGUCCUCUCUAUCCCAUCUGCAUUUGAUACAUUGGGCCUGGUGCCUGGAGUGCUUUGCCUGGUCGCCAUAGCCAUUAUCAACAGCUGGUGUAGUUAUAUGGUCGGCAGCUUUAAGCUCAACCAUCGUGAAGUGUAUGGUAUUGACGACGCAGCUGGGCUCAUGUUCGGCCCCGUGGGACGUGAGAUUCUCGGAGCCGGAUUCAUCCUUUGUAAGUUAGCCAUCUGUGCGAGCUCUAAAAAUAAUACUGACGGAUGA